UGCAACAAUGUCAAUGUCUGGCAAGGAAGAGUUUCAUGUGAAACAGAUCCUAAGGCUACAUUGGAGGUGGUUUAGUCAUCCCUCUCAAGGGUCGCCCAACACUGGAAACAGCCUUCAGCAGGAAGGAUAUGAGCAUAGAGGGACCCCGGUUCAGGGCAGGUUGAACAACCAUGCUCAGGACAGAAACAGACUGAAAAAAAGAACAAUCCUUUCCACCCCAACAUACUAACACCAGUGCCAGGACUGGCCCCUGACCAUCAAAGAGCCUUUCAGAAUUGGCACUCACAAAACUUGAUAGAACAUCUUUGAGCAAAUGAAGAUACUCCUAAAGCAGUUUCAGAAGAGAAUUUGUUUAAAGAAGCCUGUGAGAAACACUUACAAGAUUUGGAGAUGAUUGCUGAUGAUAACACAGAAGAUUCUACAGUGAGAUUGGGGAGCAAGAGGAAAGAAUCCUGAGAAAUUGACAACAGCCUGGCAUUCCCUCUUGUGGUAAACGAACAAACUAAGUAACAAGGCAGUCAGUGUGGAGAAUUAUCAGACUACUACAAGAUGGACUUUGACACUCUUGGCAAAGUAAGGAUUGGAUACACAAAAUCCUGAAGAAAUGAAUGUCAACAGAUCUGAGGAGCAGUUCCAUGCUAUAAACCAUGCAGAGCAAACUCUCCACAAAAUGGAGAACUACCUGAAAGAGAAACAACUGUGUGAUGUACUACUUAUUGCUGGACACCUCCGAAUCCCAGCCCAUCGGUUGGUUCUCAGCGCAGUGUCUGAUUAUUUUGCUGCAAUGUUUACUAAUGAUGUGCUUGAAGCCAAACAAGAAGAGGUCAGGAUGGAAGGAGUUGAUCCUAAUGCACUUAAUUCCUUGGUGCAGUAUGCUUACACAGGUGUUCUGCAGUUAAAAGAAGAUACUAUUGAAAAUUUGUUGGCUGCAGCUUGUCUCUUGCAGCUGACUCAAGUCGUUGAAGUCUGCUCCAAUUAUCUCAUAAAGCAGCUCCAUCCUUCAAACUGCUUAGGAAUUCGAUCAUUUGGAGAUGCCCAGGGCUGUACAGAGCUCUUAAGUGUGGCACAUAAGUACACAAUGGAACACUUCAUUGAGGUAAUAAAGAACCAAGAAUUCCUCCUGCUUCCAGCUAAUGAAAUUUCAAAACUUCUGUGCAGUGAUGACAUUAAUGUGCCUGAUGAAGAAACAAUUUUCCACGCUCUAAUGCAAUGGGUGGGGCAUGAUGUGCAGGCUAGGCAACGAGACCUAGCAAUGUUGCUUUCUUAUAUCAGACUGCCAUUACUUCCACCACAGUUACUGGUGGAUCUUGAAAACAGCUCUAUGUUUGCUGGUGAUCUUGAGUGUCAGAAGCUCCUAAUGGAAGCUAUGAAGUACCAUCUCUUACCUGAGAGAAGACCUAUGAUGCAAAGCCCUCGGACAAAGCCUAGAAAAUCAACUGUGGGGGCACUUUAUGCGGUGGGAGGCAUGGAUGCUAUGAAAGGUACCACUACAAUCGAAAAAUACGAUCUCAGAACCAACAGCUGGCUACAUAUUGGCACCAUGAGUGGCCGUAGGCUUCAGUUUGGAGUUGCAGUUAUUGAUAAUAAGCUCUAUGUCGUGGGAGGAAGAGAUGGUUUAAAAACUUUGAAUACUGUGGAAUGUUUUAAUCCAGUUGGCGAAAUCUGGACUGUGAUGCCUCCCAUGUCAACACAUAGGCAUGGCUUAGGUGUAACCACACUCGAAGGACCAAUGUAUGCUGUCGGUGGUCAUGAUGGAUGGAGUUAUCUAAAUACCGUAGAAAGAUGGGACCCUGAGGGACGUCAAUGGAAUUAUGUGGCCAGUAUGUCAACUCCUAGAAGCACAGUUGGUGUUGUUGCAUUAAACAAUAAACUAUAUGCUAUUGGUGGUCGUGAUGGAAGUUCCUGCCUCAAAUCAAUGGAAUACUUUGACCCACACACUAACAAGUGGAGUCUGUGUGCUUCAAUGUCCAAAAGACGUGGAGGUGUGGGAGUUGCAGCAUACAAUGGAUUCUUAUAUGUUGCUGGGGGUCAUGAUGCCCCUGCUUCUAGCCAUUGCUCCAGGCUUUCCGGCUGUGUGGAACGGUAUGAUCCAAAAAAUGAUUCAUGGUCAACUGUAGCACCUCUGAGUGUUCCUCGAGAUGCUGUUGCUGUAUGUCCCCUUGGAGACAAACUGUAUGUGGUUGGAGGAUAUGAUGGGCAUACUUAUUUGAACACUGUUGAGUCAUAUGACGCACAGAAAGAUGAAUGGAAAGAGGAAGUUCCUGUCAACAUUGGAAGAGCUGGUGCAUGUGUUGUGGUGGUGAAGCUGCCAUAAAGCUAUCUUUAUCAAUAGGAGUGAAACUGGUCAUUUCACGAAAUUAGGAAGAAGAGAAGAAGAAACGUGUUCUUUCCUUCAAUUAGUAAUCAAACAGGAACAUUAUUGUGUCAUUUUAAUAUGUAGUUAUAAUUUCUCUCAUUUUGAAGUUAAAGCAAGUUUUCAAACAUGAAUUACAUAUAGGUGUUAAAUGUAUGUGUUGUUGCAGCUGAUAAUGUAAGUGGAAAUCCAAUAGUCUAGGUUUAGCCUCAUUACUAAAAUUUUUAAGGGAAACAGAUAGUGGCCAAGGUAUGAAAGGUUGUAAAAGCAUUGGUAAUUUUUAAGUUAAGAAUAUGAGAAGUUAAGGGGCGCCUGGGUGGCUCAGUCGUUAAGCGUCUGCCUUCGGCUCAGGUCAUGAUCCCAGGGUCCUGGGAUCGAGCCCCACAUCGGGCUCCCUGCUCAGCGGGAAGCCUGCUUCUCCUUCUCCCACUCCCCCUGCUUGUGUUCCCUCUCUCGCUGUGUCUCUCUCUGUCAAAUAAAUAAAUAAAAUCUUUAAAAAAAAAGAAUAUGAGAAGUUAAGAACAUUUUCUAUUUCAAAACACAAAAGGUACUCUAUUUUCUGAAAUACAGUAUAAAAGAAAACAUCUAAAGCUUAAAAUAUGAAGUCUGAUUUUCAGUAAGACAUCAUUCUCUUAUUCAAAAAUAUACCAAAUAGCUAAAUAAUACCUUAUUUUACCAACAGGAAGGCUAUUACUGGGUUAGGGCUAAAAAAAUAACUCAUUUACAUAUUUUAUGCUGAUCACAGUAUAUUAAAAUUUUCACAGACUUACUCUUUUACAGUACCAUCUUCCAAAGCACACAUACAAAUUUAGUAUUUUUUAACAUAUUGUCUUACUAAAUUUGUUACCAGUAAAAUAUUGUAAUUUCAUACACAAUCUAUGUAAUAAAAUAGUAAAUAUUUAUCAUAUUGAUACAAACUGUGACCUCAGCUUUAGAGUGUCAGGGCCUUACUUGUAUAGAAAAUAGUAUUCUCAAACAUUUCUUUGAACUCUGUAAACAACUAUCAUUAAGUUAAAUAAUUUUUCAAAAACAAAACAAUUUUCAAAGAACAGGAAAAUUGAGAAGGUGUUCUACAAUAUUAACACACGGGAGCACCAAACUGUUCAAUAUUCAUGGUUAGUUCUAUAAUUAUAUUUUAUGUACCAAUACAUGUUUCUGUUAAUAUUAUAUUCAUCCAGAGGAAAAUGUUAAGGAUAUAUGUGCUACAAAAAACUUAAAAAAAAAAAAUAGCUGGCUGGGUAGUAUUACCUUUAAAUCCCUACUUCCAUUUAUCCCAUUAUAGAAAUAUUUAAGAGAAAAUAUUGAAAAUAACUUCUAUAUGAAAGUAACUUUUCAAGUAAACAUGUGAUUUCAGAAUUUAUGCAAUGUUCUUUUUAAAAGGCUUUGUAUUGUAGUAUGUGAAACCAACGAAUAAAACCCAGAGAGAUGCUUGUAACAUGUACUACUACCUUUUAAGUUUUAAAAAAGAGCAACAUAAGUUGUACAAAAAUAUCUGUAUUUUGACAAAAUGAAUUUAAAUAAAAUCUAUUUGCUUUGGUUAUAGUGUGACUUCAGAUUAUGUUAAGUGCAGUUUAAAUUUAGUUUUUAUAUUUAUUGUCCCAAUAGCUAAAAUAUUUAAACACAAAAAU